GUCGUCCUUGUCAAACCUCAUCUGUGGCCAGUCAGGUCGCUGACGGGAGUAGCUUGUAACGGUAGAAAUAACACAGCAUGGACGACAACACACUUGUGAAGUCACUGCAGAGCUAAUGAAUAUGAGAAAUGUGUUGAAGACAGUGCCUCCAUUACCAGGAGACUUUUCCUUAUAAAGACACAAGCGCAAUAUUUAUAUUUCCACAACGCUGUCGACGAGAGUAACUAACAUUAACGUUAAUGUAGCAGUAAGCUAACAGCUGGCUAACAUUACUUAACCUGCUAUUUGGCGAACUUGGAAAAAGAUUUCUGAAGAACCUUCUAGCGACUCGAAACACCGCAUUAAGUGAGGGAUAUCAAAGCACCAGAACUCUUCCUGCUGGGGUCAAAUUUGUAAGUGUUUGAAUUUAGGAGCAUGCUCAGUGGCAGCAGUGCGUAGGCCUCGGGGAUGGGGAGUGGAGUCCAGGAACAACGGGCAUCACUCGCGCAGGGAGAAGUUCUGCCGCUGGCUUCCUCCAGUCAGUCAGAAGUCCUGAAGCACACCCGGCCUGUCCUCAACUCACUCUUCUCUGGGGCUUUAGCCGGGGCUUUGGCAAAGACAGCUGUCGCCCCAUUGGACAGGACUAAAAUCAUCUUCCAAGUGUCUUCAGCAAGAUUCUCCGCCAAGGAGGCCUACAGGCUGAUCUACCGCACCUACCUGAAGGAUGGCUUCUUCAGUCUUUGGAGGGGGAACUCGGCCACCAUGGUGCGAGUCAUCCCAUACGCUGCCAUCCAGUUCUGUGCACACGAGCAGUACAAGAGGCUGCUGGGAGGCUACUAUGGCUUCCAGGGGAAAGCCCUGUCUCCAUUUCCGAGGUUACUGGCCGGGUCUAUGGCUGGAACCACGGCAGCCAUGCUGACCUAUCCUCUGGACAUGGUGCGGGCUAGGAUGGCUGUAACGCCAAAGGAAAUGUACAGCAACAUUCUGCACGUGUUUGUGCGGAUCUCCCGAGAAGAGGGCUUGAAGACGUUGUACCGAGGCUUUAAUCCCACCAUGCUGGGUGUCAUUCCCUAUGCUGGCAUCAGCUUCUUUACCUAUGAGACACUGAAGAAAUUACAUGCAGAGCGCAGCGAGCGCCCACAUCCCUACUUAUAUGAACGGCUGGCGUUUGGAGCCUGCGCGGGGCUUCUCGGCCAGUCGGCGUCUUACCCUCUGGACGUGGUGCGGCGGCGCAUGCAGACCGCAGGGGUCACAGGGCACACCUACGGCACCAUCUUUGGCACCAUGAAGGAGAUUGUGUCCGAGGAAGGGGUCAUCCGUGGACUCUACAAAGGUCUGAGUAUGAACUGGGUCAAAGGGCCCAUCGCGGUGGGGAUCAGCUUCACCACCUUUGACCUUACCCAGAUCCUCCUGAGGAAGCUGCACCAGAUGGGCCACACGGCUCGAUAAUAGCGAUCCAGAGAGAGGAAAUUGGGGAAAGUGGGAUGACAAGGUCCCUGUAGACCCUCAGAAGAACACGGAAGUGUGAGAGGGACAAGUGUGUAUCGCUGGAUAGAAGCAAACACACACUGGCCCAGGAGGAGUGAUAUUAAUGUAUUCUCCUGCUUGUCCCUGUGUGUGGUGGGGGGUGCACAGUCUCUGGAGGCGUGAGGUAUGUUGGAUGUUACACACUGUUACGAUGUACAGCUAAGUGCAAUAUGCUCAGCGACUUUCUGUGUGUUUGUGUACACAUAAAUUACAAUGCUCCUGCCCUCGUGGACCAGGCCGUGUGACUGAGAGAUUAGAGCUACACACACACACACACACACACACACACACACACACACACACACACACACACACACACACACACACACACACACACACACACACACACACACACACACACACGCACGCACACACUGAGAUCACCCAACUGCCUUGUGUGUCUACUUAAACCUGACACCUUCCAAUGCAAUGCGCGUUGCCGCUCAUUUAUUAUUAACUUUUUACAGAUGCAUUUGAUUUAACACCAGUAAGAUAUGCCCCCUUGAGAUUAGUGUGUGUUGGUUUUAACCCUUGUGUUGUCUUCCCGUCAAAAUUUGAAAUUACAUUUUUGACGCUUUUAAUUUUAAUUUUUAACUUUUUCUUAGGUUUUUGUCCCCUUUUUCAACACUUUUGAAUUAUUUUUCUUUCAUUUUUUGGACGU